AUGAAAGUUUUAGAACUAUUCUCAAGCCUUUUUUUGGCAUUUAUUAUAUUACAUCCACAAGGUCAACAGAUCACAGCGGAUUCUACAGCGGAAACAACGAUAGAUACUUCAACUGUUGCAAAAACAGCUGAAUCAACAGCUAGCGUUGUGAUUUCUGAUGCAACUACUGCUAAAUUAUCAACUACUAUGGCACCUGUAGUCACAACAGAACCGACUACUACCAUGGCAUUUACAACAUUACCACCUGUGAUAACUACUGAGCCUGCUACUGGACCUACAGCAAUGACAUCAACCACCACAACUGUCACACGAACAACCAGAACAACGGUACCAAGAACUACGACAACGACAACAACUACUACUACCACUACCUUACUUUACACUACAGCAACACCACCAUCGAAUCCAACUUGGGCUGUUGUUGGAGGUCUAGCAGGUGGUCUACUAGGUCUUGGGCUAAUAGGUACCAUAGCCAGUGUAUAUAUAUGUUACACAAAUUCUCAACGACGUCUUGGUACAAAUAACGGACAUAACACUAAUACAGAUUAUGUUGCCCUACAGUCAAUGUCAAGUUUCUAA